UGUAUCUUCUGGUUUUGUGGGAUGUCAGUGCAGAAGAACCUUUACACUAACACUUAUUUCCUCCAUCCCCAAAUCCAAUCAUCCUCCGAAAAAUGGCUUCCUUGAAGGAACUGCUCAGCCAAGAACGAGUCGGACUCGAAAAAAAUAAGUACCCGAAAGGCCAGAAACCAUUGAUGUACAGAGAGAGAGAUGAACUUACGGCUCUAUUUCUGCCUGUGCACAUCUGCCAGGAUCGAAAAAGUUACGAUUUUUCGCACCACAAGGCUCGGACGCGAAAAGGGUCGUCGAGAAGGGUGAGUACUACUUCGGAGAGGUCGAAUUCCAAGUCAUUGGUUUCGGAGAGUUCGAUGGAUGGUGAGCCUGCCGCCAUUGAUGAAGUUACCACUAGAGCUGUGGUUUCGAUACUUAGCGGUUACGUUGGGAGGUACGUGAAGGAUGAGGGUUUUCGGGAAACAAUCCGCGAAAAGUGCAGGUCUUGCUUGGUGAGAAAGAAAAAGGAUCUGGAUAAUGGGAUGUUGGGAAACUUGGAACUGGGUAUUGAAAGUGUUGAGAAGUUGGUGGAAGAUCAAUGGUCGGAAAGUAAGGAAGUUAGGACGAAAAAAGUGAAGAAUACGAUUCGGGUUUUGAACGUUGUUGGUUCCGCAAAAUCUAGCAGUUCUCAUCUCUCUGCCUGUGCUCAGCUCUACUUGUCGAUUGUUCACAAGAUUGAGAAAAAUGACCGGCUUUCGGCGAGGCACUUGCUUCAAGUGUUCUGUGAUUCGGCGAGUUCGGCACGAACGCAUUUUCUUCCUGAUCUUUGGGAGCAUUUCUUUCUUCCACAUCUUUUACAUGUGAAGAUUUGGUAUGCCAGGGAAAUGGAUGUUCUUUCGAGCUCAGAUGACGGUGAGAAGGAGAAGAAAAUGAAAGCCGUGGCAAGAGCGUACGAUGAACAAAUGGAUAUGGGAACUACAAAGUUUGCUUUGUACUACAAAGAGUGGCUUCAAGUUGGGGCUGAGGCCCCUCCUGUUCCUCCUACUAUACCUUUGCCUUCUUCGAUACGCAGUUGCAGAUCAUCGAGAAGGAGAUCAUCGGAUUCUUACACUUCACAUUCCUCGCUCAACAAAAAUUUAUACCACGCUGUGUUUGGCCCCACGCCUGAGCGAACAUCUGUGGAGCUCAAUCAGCGAAAUGGAGUUUUAAACGAUGCUUGGGGUCUAGAUGAGGUGGAAAAGUUGUGUGUAGAUGAAGAUAAUUACAACCAUAUCGGUUAUGUUCAUAGUGGAGAAAGGUCUAGUCGGAGAAGGUCAUCAAGCGAAAAUCAUAGAAAUCCAGUAAUUGCGCUAUGGCCUGAGUCGGAGACACAGAAGACGGGCCAUUUUGGAUUCUUUAGAUGCCAGAAUGAACCAACAGAAUGCUUGGUGAGCAAGAAUCUCAUAGUCAAGAACAAUUCAAUCCGUAACCAAGAUAACUCCCAUCUUCCACCUCUAAGCAACUUAAGCCGGGCUAUUAGCACCAUCUACUCCUCCGAUAAUCUAAGCGAUUGCGAAAGUGCAAUUCGUGUGAUUACCAAGGCUUGGUUGGACUCCCAUGGUGAUCCUGUCAUUGAGGUUGAGCUAUCAAAUCCACCUGUUAUUCAGGGAAUGCUGGAGGUGUUGUUUGUUUCUAGUAAUGACGAAAUUUUGGAAUUAGUAAUCUCGGUUUUAGCUGAAUUGGUAGCGAGAAACGAGAUGAUUAGACAGAUCAUACUGAACUCGGAUCCACAGCUUGAGUUUCUUAUGAGACUUCUAAAAAGUAAUGGUCUAUUUUUGAAAGCUGCAAUUCUGCUUUACUUGUUGAAGCCAAAGGCAAAACAGAUGAUAUCUGUCGAAUGGGUGGCACUAGUCCUUCGAGUACUAGAGUUUGGAGAUCAGUUGCAGACACUAUUCACAGUUCGUUGCAGUCCUCAAGUGGCGGCGUUGUACCUUUUAAACCAGCUUCUUACCGGUUUUGAUGAAGACCGAAACUUGGAGAAUGCAAGAGAGGUAGUUUCUCUUGGAGGGUUGAGCCUUCUGGUGACAAAAAUCGAGAGAGGGGAAACUCAUGAGAGGAACAACAUUGCUUCAGUCAUUGCACAUUGUGUUCGAGCUGAUGGAAGCUGUCGAAAUUACUUGGCUGAUUUUCUCAACAAGGCUUCUCUUCUUGAACUCAUUGUACUUGGAAAUGGCAAGAACUCUACUGGCUCUGCAAUCGCUUUACUGAUCGAAAUGCUAUGCCUUAGUAGAAGAACAAAAAUCACUGAAAUCCUAAAUGGACUGAAAGAAGGAUCCCGUGGCAUUAACACAAUGCAGAUUUUGUUGGUCUAUCUGCAGAGAGCUCCACUUGAAGAACGCCUGUUGAUUGCCGUCGUUUUACUUCAGCUUGAUCUUAUGUUCCCAUAUGGAGUAGCAGUUUUGUUGCAGGGAGACCCUUUCAGGAGCAGUGUAUAUAGAGAAGAAGCCAUUGAAGCAAUCGUAGAAGCUUUAAGCAGUCGAACAUGCAGCAAAAAAGUCCAGCAACGAUCGUCAAGAGCUCUCUUAAUGUUGGGAGGCCGGUUUUCUUAUACCGGCGAGGCAUCAACAGAACAGGGGCUUUUACAACAAGCCGGUUACAGUCACUGGCCAAGAAAUUCAUUUCACUUCAAAGAAAAUGUUGUGGAUGGUUUUGCGCACUCGAACGAAGACGAAGCAGCAACGGAAAAUUGGCAAAGGAAAACAGCCACUGUUUUGUUCAAAAACGGCAACAGGAAACUACUCGUGGCCCUUUCGGAUUCCAUGGCUAAUGGCAUCCCGAGUUUAGCGCGAUCGAGCCUCGUGACGGUGUCAUGGAUGAGUAGGUUUGUCGACGCAGUCGGAGAUGAAGAUUUAGGGUCCAUGGCAUGCUCAGUUCUUGUGCCUCAGCUGCUAGAAUCACUGAAUUAUGACAGAGAUGUGGAGGAAAGAGUGCUUGCUUCAUAUACAUUGCUGAAUCUAGCAAAAAGUUCAGUUCAUGAAAACGUCCCUAUGCUAUCAUCAGUGGGAAAAGAGUUGCUUAGGAAACUUCAGAACCUGUCCUUAGUGACAUGGACGGCAAAUGAGCUUAUUUCAAUCAUCACAAGCAACUAAGGGCUUCACUGUGAGGGGGAUUAUUGCAUGUUAGCGAAGGUCACACGAUGAGUGAUAUACUCACGCAAGGAUAUACUCUCGGUGACGCCCAAGUCUUUCUCCACCGCGAGACCUAAAUUUGUUCCAAAUUAGUGAAACUUCCUUGGAGGCAGCUUCCUUUUUUCUUUGUUGGUGUGUGUAUGCGCGUUCACAUGUUUGCUUGUAAUGGUUCUCUUUCUUCCAAAAAUGGCUAUUUUUGUAUAGUGCAGCAUAUUUGAGGGGAAAAAGAUUAUUUAUCCAAACAAAAAAUUAUGAGGACA